UUGUCAUUCAUUUUGCUUUGUUUUUCCCUGAUAUUGAGGUUUUGUCCAUGUUAUUUGCUGUAGUUUGUAUAAUAUAAGGUCGUUUAUAUCACUUUUCUGCUGCUACAUAUGAAGAGCUAGCUUCUAAAUGCCACCAUGUAGCCGUUGGUUCUUUGUUGUUGUCGGGUUUUCAUCAUUCAAGCUAAACUGCAUUAGAUUACGCGCUUUUCGAGGCAGCAGGGCAGGCUACUUAACCAUUCGCCAAGCCAAUAGUCGUUUUUCGUUCAUGGCUGUGCCUUUGUUAAAGACAGACAAACAUCGUGUUCUUUGUCGAACUUAGAUCUCAAUAUUAAAACAAACGCGAGCAGAUUAUACCCUUGUUCUUUUUUAUUUAUCGACAAAUUGUGUAAAAAAAAAAAAAAAAAAAAAACUCGUUAAAAUUGUAUUUGUAAUCGUAAAGCUACGUUUUUCUUCAGUAAAAAUCAAAGUAACUAUAAUCCCUCAAUAUCUUAAAACUUCACGUUGGCCUAGCUCUAAAUCACAUUGGUUAGCUCUAAAUUAUUCUGACCAAUAUUCUGUAUAACACAAGUAUUUCCUAGUAACUCAUAAUAUGGUAUGUUUUACCAUUCAGAACGGCAGUACCUUGCCCUUUUAUUGGCACUCUUGAUAAAGAUGAGUAAAACUCCUAAGAAAUAACUUCACCUUUGAGCAGCACGGUGAAACAAUCAUUAACACUGUUACCUUGCAGCAAGCAAGUGCUGGGUUUGAACCCUUACGGGACCCUUUGUUGUCGCAUAUUCUGCCCAUCCAAGUGUGGACUCUUUCCGGUUCUGCCCACAGCCCAAAGACAUGCAUGUUAAAUUACCUGGUCUCUUUGGUUGCUUGUCCUGUGGUGCCCUUUAAUGGCAACCUGUCAGGGCCCCUGUGACCCUGAGUGGGUACGUAUGGAUGGAAGUUCAUCUUUUAUAGCAGAAUAUUCUUUCACAGAAAAGGCAUCUGCAGUUCUCAAACAGGGUGCCAGAAAAUCUGUGGAGGGUUCUGUGUAUGUAUUUUUCAGUAAAUACAACACAUUCCAAGGUUUAAAGAUGCUGGAGUUGGAGCACCUACACCUCAAACACGUCGUCCAGUUAGUGUCUGCCCUGGAGUCCAUCGUCCUUCGCAGUUUUGGCCCUGAAGGAGGACAGGUGCUGUUCACCCGAGACACGGGACAGGUGAUGUUGAGCCGCAGUGGAAAACGCAUCCUCUCUGCGCUACAUCUGGAACAUCCACUGGCCAGGAUGGUGGUGGAGUGCGUUUGGAAGCACAGCACAAUAACGGGUGAUGGAUCUAAAACCUUUGUCCUACUGCUUGCAUCAUUACUGCGAAUGAUUCAUGCGUCAGCCACUAAGGAGCCUCAUAUGUCUCAGCCUUAUAAUUCCACAGAAACAACAGAAGCUGCCUGUGCCAGGCACUUGGCUGACAGGCUGCUAGAUUUUGCACUGACAGAGUUGGAUGCACUCAUUGCACUGAAUGUGCUGCCACAUGGAUUCUGUGUUUCAUUAGAGGAUUCCACAGGGAAAACAGAACAGAGUUUCCAAACCUUUCUGUUAACCUUUUUUAACACACGGCUUGGUAAUGUGUAUUGUGACUUUUUCAGGGACCUCAUGUGUGAACUGCUCAGUCACUGGAAGAUAAAAAAUGACCAACCUUCAUUCUCCAUUCGGUUUUUAAACAAUAACUUCCCAGCGCUGCGUACCCAAGUAUCAGGAUUCCCUGUCGGCUCCUCGCGUUUGAUUGAGGGGCAGGUGAUUCACAGAGAUUUUGCUACACCGUGCCCGCAAGUGAACGAGCAGUCAGUCAAAGCUGUAGUUUUCAGUGGAUACCUACAGCCUAAAUUACUCACUGCAGGGGAUGUGCUUGAGUUAGGCUGUGGAAAUAGAGCGACAGAGGACAGCAGUAUUGUGCAUUUUAGUUCCUGGACAGGAAGAUCACUGGAGAACAUAAUUGCAACUCUGCAGAGUUUUGGUGUCUCUGUCCUUUUGUGUGCACUGAAACAGUCCUCUGCUGCCUUGGCUUUAGCAACACAAACAGGAAUGUGCCUUGUGGAGUGUGUCAGUGAAGAAGAAAUUUCUCUCUUUGCCCAGCUAAGUGGGGUAACACCGAUAUCAGACUGCUGGAGGAUUUGUCCAGAGGACAUUGCAACACUGACUUUCUGUAAACCGAUACUGCUUGGAGCCCACAGGUAUGUUCAUGUGGACUUCCAUGAUUCUGAAGAAAGGCUCAACGUUAAACCCUGUAGUCUGGUGAUAUGUGCCCCAGGGGAAGGGCAAACUGAUCAGUAUGCAUGUGCAUUUCAAGAUGCGAUUCGAAUGCUACUGACAGCAUGGGAGCCCAUGCACAAGAGUAACAUAACAGCUCUAAUGAGAACCUUUCCAUCAAAUAAAUUCACGUCUGUGCAUAAAGACAAUAUGGGUGAUGAAACAGCAUACGCAUCCUGCAGUAUGAAUCUCCAUGAGACGUGUGUGAUAGAACCAGGUUGUGUAUUACCUGCAGGUGGGACAUUUGAGUUUCUGCUGCACCAUGGCCUUCAUCAAUAUGGACACAGUUGCUCAGUUUCUGUUAACACAAGUGCAGUUGUUCCAGUUUCCGAGCUCUUAGCAAAUGCCCUGUUGAGCUUGCCUCGGCAUAUUUACUCUCACAAUCCAAAAUCUUUCUUGCAGGCACAAACCAGGGUCAUGGCUUUAAUUCCAAAACAUUCCCACACCCUGAGCUCAAACGUUAUACAGACUGAAGGUCUUCUUGAAGAUGGUAAACUAAGCUUACACUCUUGUAAAAAGGGUAGCAUGGCAUUAACACUUUUGGACUUAGGCCUUGAAUCUGUCUCUUGUAAGUACCAUCUGGUCCUGGCAGUGCUGCAGUGUCUCACAAGCCUACUUCGAGUGAACAAGGUGCUGAGGACACACACUGUUUUACACACAAAAUCCCACAAACUCCUGAACGCUCGCUCAGAGAGCACAGAGGAUGAGGACGAAGACGAAGUUGUGUCGCUCUAAGAGGAAACCAGGAAUUUAGUUUAUCUUAGAUGAAAUGAAUGAUAGAUGGAUGGAUAAUUUGCACUUCGAUUAUGUUUUUCAAUCCUUGUUUUUCUUGAUGUUCCAUUGCAGUGUUGUCAGAUCAUUAUGCUUUUGGUCUUUGUAGAUUUAUUAAAUUUAAAUAAAAAAAAUGAGAGUACUGUGUAGUGAUGUUUAUAGGCAAAUAAAUGAAUUAAGGCAAGGUUUGCCCAGAUCAAUAAAUGGAGAAAAUCUUGUAAUCUCACAUUGUACAGAAUACAGUGACAUGAAAAUGAUUUGGCCCCAUUCUAGUUUUUUGUCACAGUUUUUACGAAUCAUUAAAAUAAUUUUGAUAUUAAAUAUAACCAGACUAAAUACAAAAGUAAUGAUUUUGCAUUUUAAAGGAAAAAAGCUAUCCAAAACCAACAUUGGCCAAUGGAAAACAUAAAUCCCACCAAUAAGUCCAAUAGCUGAUUGUGUCAAACAUGGCGGCAACAUGUAAAGCCAGUCAUCCAGGUCCUGAAAACGCAAAGACCUUAAGACUAUGGUUGACUGUUGACAUGAUGUUCUUUUUCUGAAAUGCUGCGUUAGUUUUAUAUCAGAAGUAACGACCCACAAGUUUCACUUGUGUCUUGUUUCUUCACAGAAUAUUUUGGUCCUGUCUUGUUUUUUAUAGUUGAAUAAUGAACUGAGGUAAGCAAUGUCUGUACUGGGUUGUAUAUUGUUCUGGGUUCUUUUGUGAUUCGAGGGUUGUAAAGUCUUUCUUGAAAUUAUUUUGGAGGCUGGCCUCUCCUGGGAAGGUUCACCACUAUUCCAUGCUUGCUCCGUUUGAAGAGAACGUGUCUCCAUCUGUGGUUUGCUGGAUACCCAAAGUCUUAGAAAUGGUGUUGUAACCCUUUCCAGACUGAUAUAUGUUAAUAAAUUUUGCUUUUUGAUAUAGUUUAACCCACUUCAUGUUGCUCGGCAGAUUCUGUUUAAGUAAUGUCUUGAUUUUACAGGCCUUGCAGUUACCAAACCUCGGUGUGGGUACUGAAUUUGAACUGAAACGUGUGUUAAAUCACACUAAAUUCAAGACUGAGCAAGAAGGCAACUGUGUUUUCAUAUAAGGCCAAGUUGGUUUGCCUUCUUCUCUUAAUAAAUUACAUCAUUUGAAAGCUG